AUGAACCACUGCCACGACAUAAAUGCGGAGGCCAUGCAACACGCGACCGGGCCACAGAAAGUGUUAGACGAGCAUCUCGUCCAAGAAAAUAUGCUCUUACACCCUUCCCUCAACAUUUGCUUCGCCAUUGGUACCUACGAGCAUGUCGUCGGUUACCUCGCAUUAUGCCAGGAUACGUCCGAAAAGCUCUACAAUCCUUCUUAUGCACCAAUGUACCAUGUUCUUCCUGUCCGUCACCCCCUGGGACCAGCUCCACCGAUCGUGAUAACGUCCUGUGACAUUGAAGAUGGUCCGGACAGCAGUGCUGUGGAUAUCGACUCCGACUUCUUGAGCGAUGUCUCCGAUAUGACAGAUCUAUCUCUAAGCGAUCUCGGCGAAGAAGAUGCCAAAGACAUGGAAGCUCUCUUUGACGAUAUGCAAACAUCCUGGCAUCCCCAAGAUGCUGAUAUAGAUGAAAGCUUGCCCUUCUUGCUGCAAAGGGCUUACCAAGUUUUCGACUAUUAUUCGAGUACCUCGACCUGCGAGAUAGAGGAUGCAAACCAGGACUCAUACGAUGCCACAAUUUACCUUUUCUCGACCGAUGGUUUUCUCUCGCAGUGUACGACGGAUGGAACUGGCUUGGAGCUGCUUUCAUCUGGUACCAUCGGGGCUUAUGAGAUCUAG